AUCGCGCAGGGGUGCGCACAGAGAAGACGUAGCUGCGACACUGGCGAGGCGAAGACGCGUCUACGGCCGAGAGGAUGCAGUGAAAGAGGCUCAUUUCCCCCCUGCUAAUUUACAGCCUGGCGCCAGGGCAGCUAUUAUACAAUAACGACAGAAAAUGAGCGUGAUCAAAGCCGGGCACGAAGGCAGGGUGGACGGUGGCAGAGGCAGCCACACCGACAGCGGCGGCGGCUCCCCGAGGCUCCAGCACUGCGCUCAGCCUCCCAACAGCAGCAGCAGCGGCCGGACCAAAGAUGCCAGAUACCAGCAGCAGCUCCAGCAGCAGCGGCAUCAUGGUGGGUCGAUGCUGAAGCAACCAUCACUCAACGAGCCAGCCGACGUCGUGAGGCGGGCGCUGGACUUCAAAUGCCAGGGCACCCAGUGCUACAAGGAUAAAAAGUACCGAGAGGCGAUUGGCAAGUAUCACCGCGCUCUGCUGGAGAUAAAGGGGCUGUGCAGGGUGCUGGGGGAUCCGGACACAGGCUCCAAGCCGCCGUCCCCCCUCCUACCCACUAUCAGCAAGUCCACCACGCUGACAGAUGAGCAGAAAGGGGCCAUGGAGAACGCAGAGCUGGAGUGUUACAACAGCUUGGCUGCCUGCCUGCUGCAAAUGGAGUUGGUGAACUAUGAACGAGUGAAGGAAUACUGUCUGAAAGUACUCCACAAGGAAGGGAAGAACUUCAAAGCUCUGUACCGGUCCGGCGUGGCUUAUUACCACCUAGGAGACUUCCAGAAGGCCCUGUACUAUCUGAAGGAGUCAAACAAACAGGAACCGUCAGACACCAAUGCCAUCCGCUACAUCCAGCUGACAGAGAUGAAGAUUCGCCGGAAUGCUCAAAGGGAAAAGAAAGAGGCGACAUAAGCACCGGCUGUCUGAUAACUUCUCACCCGUCCUAAAAUUAAGCCCUACUGUGUGCCACCCAGACCUUACACACCAUGAGUCAGAAGUCUUGGUGUGAAGAGAUAUUUGUUUGCUUUUGCCUUGCACAGCAUCCGGUUGCCAGUUAUGUGAUUGAACUUCAUCGUUGUGUGCUUGAAGCAUUUUCUUUUUAAAAAAUUGUACCAGAUGCUGAGUUUCUGUCUCCAAGCCGCCAAAUUUGAGUAUUUUUUAACUAUUCCACACUGAUGCACUGCCAGUCCAAACAUUGUACAUACAGGCCAACACUUGUGAUAGAGACAAGAGCAACAAGCUCCAUAGAGUGAGUCCAGCACGUCUGCAGGGGAGUGUAACUGUAAAUUAGCACGUGCCCUCGCACAAGAUGUCUCUUGAAUGGCAAGGAGUAACAACCACCUACACCACCAUGCUUUUAUUUUGAAAGUACAAGAAAAGAUCCAUUUUUUAUACUCUUGGUUAUAUCUAAAGUAAAGGUGCUUUCAUUUAGUAUGUUUCUAACUGUGUAGGCAAGUAAAAUCAAGAGCACCUGGGUGCUAACUGCAGUAUGAACUCAAGAGACAUAUCACAAAAUGUAAAUACUUUAUAUGAAUCAUGGAAAUAUAAUGAAGAGAAAAGCUAUUUGUGUUUAUUAAUGCCAAAACAAAGCACUUCAUUCACAGCAUUUAAUGUAUUGAGAAAUAAUGUAUGUUUACUGUAAAGGUAUGCGUGUAAUAAAUGUGUUUAUUGGUUGAAGUACGUUUUUGUUGUGAUGCAGCAGGUUUCCCUUUCAUUUUUCUCCUUUGUUCCUUGAAAGCUAAAAAUCCAUCGAUGGAAAAUGCUGAUGAAAGCACAUGUGUAAAUAAAUAAGUGAACCAAUGCUGAUUGAAAUUAUUAUGAUGAUGAUUAUAGCGUGUUACCUUGGUAGCUGCCAUGUUGAGGCUUGGGUAAUAGGUUGAGUCAUGGGGUUGAUUUUCCAUAAAAAAAUAUGAGGCAUGGUGUCACGAAGCAGAAAAAGAUAUGUAACACAGGACAUUCUUUUAAGGGAAGAAUAUCUCAUUAAACAUGCAAAAGAU